ACCUUUUGCCGUAUCAAAUGAUAUCAGUGAUACACAGAAAGAUUUCUUUUCCACGCAGAUGUCUCUCACAACACGGCAGAAAAUUUGUAUACCGGGCCUCGCUAGCUAUCUUUCACGCUUGCACGGCAGAACACGGUUACAGUUAUCCUAGGCCUAACAAUCCGCUAACACCAGGUGGGCCAGGUGGCGACCAAGGUGGUAAGCCAGGAAGUCCAGGUUAUCCUGGUGCUCCUGGUGGUUAUCCAUCUGGACCACCCGGUGCUCCUGGUCCAUCGGAUUCAGGUUAUCCGGGAGGCUAUCCGUCGCCCGGUGGUCCUGGAGGACCCGGUGAACCCGGAGGAUCAGGCGGCUAUCCUAGCGGAAAACCAGGUGAGCAGGGCGGACCAGGAGGAUAUCCUGGCGGCGGAUCCGGAGGACCAGGAGGGUCAGGAGGACCUGGAGGAUAUCCUAGUGGCAGACCAGGUGGACCUGGUGGGCCAGGUGGUUAUCCUGGGGGUGGAGCUGGAGGACCAGGAGGGCCAGGAGGUUCAGGAGGCUAUCCCAGCGGCAGACCAGGUGGACCUGGAGGGUCAGGAGGUCCAGGAGGCUAUCCCAGUGGAGGACCAGGAGGAUCAGGUGGGCCUGGAGGAUAUCCUAGUGGCAGGCCAGGUGGUCCAGGAGGACCAGGAAGUCCAGGAGGUUAUCCCGGUGGUGGACCCGGAGGGCCGGGAGGACCAGGAGGGUCUGGUGGCUAUCCUAGCGGUAAACCAGGUGGACCUGGAGGAUAUCCAGGUGGAGGACCACAAGGUCCUGGUGGGCCAGGAGGACCAGGAGGUUAUCCCGGUGGUGGACCCGGAGGGCCGGGAGGACCAGGAGGGUCUGGUGGCUAUCCUAGCGGUAAACCAGGUGGACCUGGAGGAUAUCCAGGUGGAGGACCACAAGGUCCCGGUGGACCAGGUGGACCAGGAGGUUAUCCCGGAGGUGGACCCGGAGGGCCGGGAGGACCAGGAGGGUCUGGAUAUCCAGGUGGAGGACCACAAGGUCCUGGUGGGCCAGGAGGACCAGGAGGUUAUCCCGGUCCCGGUGGACCAGGUGGACCAGGAGGUUAUCCCGGAGGUGGACCCGGAGGGCCGGGAGGACCAGGAGGGUCUGGUGGCUAUCCUAGCGGUAAACCAGGUGGACCUGGAGGAUAUCCAGGUGGAGGACCACAAGGUCCUGGUGGGCCAGGAGGACCAGGAGGUUAUCCCGGUGGUGGACCCGGAGGGCCGGGAGGACCAGGAGGGUCUGGUGGCUAUCCUAGCGGUAAACCAGGUGGACCUGGAGGAUAUCCAGGUGGAGGACCACAAGGUCCCGGUGGACCAGGAGGACCAGGAGGUUAUCCCGGUGGUGGACCCGGAGGGCCGGGAGGACCUGGAGGGUCUGGUGGCUAUCCUAGCGGUAAACCAGGUGGACCUGGAGGAUAUCCAGGUGGAGGACCACAAGGUCCCGGUGGACCAGGAGGACCAGGAGGACCAGGAGGUCCAGGAGGUUAUCCCGGUGGUGGACCCGGAGGGCCGGGAGGACCAGGAGGGCCUGGUGGCUAUCCUAGCGGUAAACCAGGUGGACCUGGAGGAUAUCCAGGUGGAGGACCACAAGGUCCUGGUGGACCAGGAGGACCAGGAAGUCCAGGAGGUUAUCCCGGCGGUGGACCCGGAGGUCCGGGAGGACCAGGAGGGUCUGGUGGUUAUCCUGGCGGUAAACCAGGAGGACCUGGAGGAUAUCCAGGUGGAGGACCACAAGGUCCCGGUGGACCAGGAGGACCAGGAAGUCCAGGAGGUUAUCCCGGUGGUGGACCCGGAGGGCCGGGAGGACCAGGAGGGUCUGGUGGCUAUCCUAGCGGUAAACCAGGUGGACCUGGGGGAUAUCCAGGUGGAGGAUCACAAGGUCCCGGUGGACCAGGUGGAUCUGGUGGAACUGGAACUCCAGGAGGACCAGGAGGUUAUCCUGGCGGCGGUCCUGGAGGCCCAGGAGGACCAGGAGGUUAUCCUGGCGGUGGACCGGGUGGACCUGGUGGUCCAGGAAGUCCUGGAAGUUAUCCCAAUGGAGGACAAAGCCCAGGUGGCUUUGAAGAACCGUACGACGAAGGCGACUAUUCUGCAAUCCCUGGCGAACCUGGUCGUGAUUAUCCUAUAUAUUCAGAAGUACCCGAAACUAGUUUCCGUUGUGAAAAUCAACAGUUCCCUGGAUAUUAUGCGGACGUUGAAGCUCAGUGUCAAGUCUUUCAUAUUUGUGCCAAUAACAAAACCUACGAUUUCAUUUGCCCUAACGGGACUAUUUUCCAUCAACAGUAUUUUGUCUGUGUGUGGUGGAAUCAAUUUGACUGUAGCACGGCGCCAAACUUCUACUACUUGAAUGAAAAUAUUUAUGACUAUAACAUAAUGGGUGGGCCUGAAAUGUUCCCUGGUGGACCUGGAGGACCAGGAGGAUUCCCUGGCAUAGGACCCGGAGGGCCCGGAGGCCCUGGUGGUCCAGGUAGUUAUCCUGGAGGACCUGGAGGUCCAGGAGGUCCUGGAGGGUAUCCUAUUGACAAACCAAGUCAACCUGGAGGACCUGGUGGCUACCCUAGCGGAAGACCAGGUGGACCAGGAGGACCAGGAGGACCAGGUGGACCAGGAGGACCAGGAGGUUAUCCUAGUGGCAGACCAGGAGCGCCAGGAAGUCCAGGUGGUUAUCCCGGUGGUGGUCCUGGAGGGCCAGGAGGGCCAGGAAGUCCAGGAGGUUAUCCUGGUGGUGGACCCGGAGGUCCAGGAGGGCCAGGAAGUCCAGGUGGUUAUCCCGGAGGUGGACCCGGAGGGCCAGGAGGCCCAGGAGGACCAGGAGGGCCAGGAGGUUAUCCUAGUGGCAAACCAGGAGGGCCAGGAAGUCCAGGUGGUUAUCCCGGAGGUGGACCCGGAGGACCAGGAGGACCAGGAGGUUAUCCUAGUGGCAAACCAGGAGGGCCAGGAGGGCCAGGAAGUCCAGGAGGUUAUCCCGGUGGUGGACCAGGAGGGCCAGGAGGUUAUCCUAGUGGCAAACCAGGAGGGCCAGGAGGGCCAGGAGGUUAUCCCGGUGGUGGACCCGGAGGGCCAGGAGGACCAGGUGGGCCAGGAGGUUAUCCUAGUGGCAAACCAGGAGGGCCAGGAGGGCCAGGAAGUCCCGGAGGUUAUCCCGGUGGUGGACCCGGAGGGCCAGGAGGACCAGGAGGUCCAGGAGGUUAUCCUAGUGGCAAACCAGGAGGGCCAGGAGGGCCAGGAAGUCCAGGUGGUUAUCCCGGUGGUGGACCCGGAGGGCCAGGAGGACCAGGAGGGCCAGGAGGUUAUCCUAGUGGCAAACCAGGAGGGCCAGGAGGGCCAGGAAGUCCAGGUGGUUAUCCCGGUGGUGGACCCGGAGGGCCAGGAGGACCAGGAGGGCCAGGAGGUUAUCCUAGUGGCAAACCAGGAGGGCCAGGAGGGCCAGGAGGUUAUCCCGGUGGUGGACCCGGAGGGCCAGGAGGACCAGGAGGGCCAGGAGGUUAUCCUAGUGGCAAACCAGGAGGCCCAGGAGGGCCAGGAAGUCCAGGAGGUUAUCCUGGAGGUGGACCCGGAGGGCCAGGAGGGCCAGGAGGUUAUCCUAGUGGCAAACCAGGAGGCCCAGGAGGGCCAGGAAGUCCAGGAGGUUAUCCUGGUGGAGGUCCCGGUGGGCCAGGAGGGCCAGGAGGGCCAGGAGGUUAUCCUAGUGGCAAACCAGGAGGUCCAGGAAGUCCAGGAGGUUACCCCGGAGGUGGUCCUGGAGGGCCAGGAGGACCAGGAGGGUCGGGAGGUUAUCCUAGUGGCAGACCAGGAGGGCCAGGAGGGCCAGGAAGUCCAGGAGGUUAUCCUGGUGGUGGACCUGGAGGACCAGGAGGGUCGGGAGGUUAUCCUAGUGGCAAACCAGGAGGGCCAGGAGGGCCAGGAGGGCCAGGAGGGCCAGGAGGUUAUCCUGGUGGUGGACCCGAAGGGCCAGGAGGACCAGGAGGGCCAGGAGGACCAGGAGGAUCUGGCGGCUAUCCUAGUGGUAAACCAGGUGGUCCAGGUGGAUCUGGAAGUUAUCCUGGUGGUGGUCCCGGAGGUCCUGGAGGACCUGGUAGUCCAGGAGGUUAUCCAGGUGGCGGACCCGGCGGUCCAGGAGGACCUGGUAGUCCAGGAAGUCCAGGAGGUUAUCCAGGUGGCGGACCCGGUGGACCAGGAGGACCAGGAGGUUAUCCUAUCGGCAAACCAGGUGGUCCAGGAGGUUAUCCACAUGGUGGAGGAGGACAUGGUGGUCCAGGAGGACAAGGAGGAUCAGAAGGACCAGGCGGAAAACCAGGUGGACCUGGAGGUUUUCCUGGCGGUGGAUCAGGUGGACCAGGUGGGUCGGGAUAUCCCGGUGGCCCUCAAUAUUUAGCACCGUCUGAACCUCAUGGUCCUGGUGGUCCAGGAGAACCGGGAUAUAGACCAGGUGGACCAUCUGUACCCAGUAAACCAUCGGGUCCGUCAAGACCUGAUGGUUUUCCUGAUGGUAAACCAGGAGACACGCCAUUUCCGCCACAAGGGCCUUCUAAACCAGAGCGCGAAUACUUGCCACCCCGACGCGGUUAAUCCUAUCAAUUAUAUAAUAGCGUUAACUCCGAAUUUAACGCCUAACAAUCGCCGUUGGUGAUACUUGAACCAUAUUGUAAAUACAAGCCUUCUUACCUAUUAGCUAAGUUAAGUAAUAUGGUAUUCAUUUCAAUGGAUAAUGUAAUCGUUUCCUUUGCGACAUUUCUUUCAUCGUAUAGUUUUCUUGAAAGUAACUUUUAAUGUUACUAUUAUAUAAGUUUAUCCUUACUUUCUUUUAUGAGUUUUAUAAAUUACUUCCUUGAGGUUCUUAAAAGCUUUCGUCUUUUAUGUCACUAAAUAAGUUUUAAUAGAUUACGGGUCUGCCUUUUUUCAUUUCAAGAUGCAAACAGAGAAGAGGAUUGUAAGAUACUAAUUACAGAAAUUAGAUGUUAUAUCUGUCUUGUAUUGUAUAUAGCCAUUGAAAUGGACGCAUUCUAUGUAUGUAAAAUAUUUCAAUAUUUUCAUUUACUUUCUUUUUUCUUUUUUUCUUUUUUUCUUUUUUUGAAAAUAAGACAAUUAUCGUAAUAUUUGUAAUUACUUUGAAUUUUUCACGUACUUGUAUCAGAAAGUUAGUAGCGAAAGAACUUUCGUAAAAUUAUACUAAAUUAAGAGCGAUUUAAGUGGACAUAACGAAAAAAUUAUCGGAACCUAUCUCGCAAGGUAUUAUUGCACGAUAUAUUUAUUUAUUUCGAUAUUAAAAUAAUAUCGUAAUAUUAUUAAAUCG